AUGUCUGUGACGUCAUUAAACGUCGCCGAAUGUGCGGUUGUGGCUAGCGAACGCUAACAACUCGUUGUGUCGAGGCGUUUGUAAAGAUUACUUUUGAUUUAUUUUAAGUAUUUUUUAUUCAAAGCAUCAGCAAUGUCUCUGGAGACUGUCCCAAAGGAUCUGCGUCAUUUGAGAGCGUGUCUGCUGUGCUCUCUUGUCAAGACAAUUGAUCAGUUUGAGUACGAUGGCUGUGACAACUGUGAAUCCUACCUGCAGAUGAAGGGCAAUCGAGAGAUGGUUUACGAAUGCACAAGCUCUUCUUUUGAUGGAGUUAUUGCUAUGAUGAGCCCAGAGGACAGUUGGGUGGCAAAAUGGCAAAGAAUCGGGAACUUCAAGCCAGGCGUCUACGCCGUAACGGUGACGGGGCGGUUACCUCCAGGUGUGGUGCGAGAGCUGAAGAGCAGAGGGGUCAUCUACAGAUCCAGAGACACGGCUGUUAAAACAUGAAAACUAAAGCUACACACAACACCAGCUGUUUAGCCACCAGCUCCUCUCUUACUGUCUGUUAUCUAAUGUCUUAUUUUCUUUUUUUAUUAUUCACUUUUUUUGGGUUAUUUGGAUCGAUUGCGAUUCGCUCCUGGAGAAAUAUUUGAUUUGAUUACUUCAUGUAAAUGAUUUAAACAUGAAUAAAAAUUGUAUAAACAAA